AUGAAGGUCCUCAGCACUAUUGCAGUAUGCGCUGCAGGUGCACAAGCGUCUCUCUCCGAGUGGUUGUACUCACAUACAUUAGGUNUUGAGUGGACAUGGCCAAAACUCUCCGAUGACCCGCAGUAUCCUCCUAAUGGUUACAACUUCCCCACCAAAGGACCCGUCGCCAACUCUACUUACGAGUACAUCGUCGUCGGAUCUGGCCCCGGUGGUUCGCCUCUUGCAGCUCGUCUUGCUCUUGCUGGCUACAGCGUCUUGCUCAUUGACGCAGGUGAGGACCAUGGUACAGACAGACAAGUUCAGGUUCCUGCUCUGCACCCCUACGCCAGCACGUAUCACCCUAUUCAAUGGGACUUCUUUGUCGACCACUAUGCCGAUGAGGAACAAGCCAAGCGCGACUCCAAGAUGACUUACGUUACGCCAUCCGGCGAGUACUACUCUGGUCUAAACCCUCCUGAGGGUUCCGUGAGAAAGGGCAUCCUCUAUCCCAGAACUGGUGCUCUUGGUGGUUGCGCUCAACACAACGCUUUGGUCACCAUUCUUCCCACCGAGAAGGAUUGGAACGAUAUCGCCACUCUGACUGGAGACGAGUCAUGGAUGGCCAGCAACAUGCGCAAGUACUUCGAGAAGCUCGAACGCAACCGCUACUUGCCUAGCAGCAUCAUCGGCCAUGGUUACGGUGGUUGGUUGGAAACUCGCGUUACGCCUGUUCUUCUCAUUGCUGAAGACUUGAAGGUCUUGUCGCUUGUCGUUGCUGCUGCCACUGCUAUGGGUAGAGGUCUGAUCAGCGGUCUUUUGCACACCGUCACUGGUCUUGCUGAGGUACGUAUACUUACCACUCUGAGACCCGGGUCAAUGCUAACUAUUGCAUCUAGANUUCUCACUCUCGACAUCAACAACCCCACCCCAUCCCGCGACAACGAUGAGCUCAUUUACCAGAUCCCUCUGUCUAUGGACGGAGACUAUGUCCGCAGCUCUCCUCGCGACUUUGUUCUCCAGAUCGCAGGAGCUACCAACAAGGAUGGCUCCAAGAAGUACAAGCUUGACAUCGCUCUUAACACUCUGGUUACCAAGGUCAACUUCGACACCUCCAACACCAAGCCUAUGGCAACUGGCGUUGACUACCUCUUUGGUCAAAGCCUGUACCGCGCCGAUCCCCGUGCCGGCACUGAGGACAGCGGCAUAUCUGGAACCGUUCAUGCAAGCCGUGAGGUCAUUGUCUCUGGAGGAGCUUUCAACACACCCCAAAUCUUGAAGCUCAGUGGUGUCGGCCCUGCUCAAGAGCUCCAGUCUCAUGGCAUCGAGGUCAUCAAGGAUCUUCCUGGUGUUGGUGGCAACAUGCAAGACAGAUACGAGGUCGGUGUUGUCGGCAAGGCACCAUCCGAGUUUUCUCUCCUCAAGAAGUGCACUUUCCUCGAAGGCGAUGACCCUUGCUACGACAACUGGAAGAACAACGUUGGAGCUCUCAAGGGUGGCUACACUACCAACGGUAUCGCCUUCGGUUUCCUCCACCACUCUUCCGUUUCUGAAAGCGAUCCUGAUCUUUUCCUUGGUGGUGUGCCUGCGUACUUCAACGGUUACUUCCCUGGUUACUCUGCUCACGCCACCCAAGAUCUCAGCAUCUGGACUUGGCUGACUCUCAAGGCUCACUCUCGUAACAACGCUGGAACCGUCAAUCUGACCUCUGCUAACCCUCGCGACACUCCCAAGAUUGUCUUCCACUCACUCGGUGAAGGCAUCGGUGGCGACAAGGAUCUCCAAGCCGUCUACGAGGGUGUCCAGCACGGGAUCAAGGCCUUCAAGGACCUGAUCCCUCUCGAUGGCAAGUUUGACCGCGUUUGGCCUCCACCUGAGAUGACUUCUGAAGAGGAUCUCAAGCAGUUCAUCAAGGAUGAGGCUUGGGGCCACCACGCUUCUUGCACUGCUCCCAUUGGUGCUGAUGACGACCCGAUGGCUGUUCUUGACAGCGAGUUCCGCGUUCGUGGUGUUGAUGGUCUGCGUGUCGUCGAUGCCUCCGUCUUCNCCAAGAUCCCUGGCAUGUACAUUGCUCUACCUAUCUACAUGGUCAGUGAGAAGGCUGCUGAUGUCAUCAUCUCGUCUGCCACUGCGCCGGCUGCUUCUUCCUAG